AAGACACUAGCCCGUGCUUGUUGAAAAGCUCUGCGUCGUGGCGCAGCCUGCACCCCCUUGCACACAUAACUCGCUGAGCAGCGACGCACCGCAUACGCGCUGCCGCUGACAAUUCGUCCGCAGCGCUGCGACGGCCAUCAUGAGGCAAUCUCUAACUUGGCUCCUUGUCAGCAGUGCUGCAGCCUUCGCACCGGCGACCACGCCCCGCGCCGCCGUCAAGCUCUUCUCAUCAGUCAAACCGAGCGCCGGCAUCAGUUUCUACGAGGGCUUGUAUGAGCCGGACGUGCCGGACGUCAAGCUGACGCGGUGGCGACGCAGUGUCCACACACCUGACACGCCACCGGCUAACGCCGUCGCCGCGCAGGUCCAAGGACGGCGAGAACGGCGUCGCUACGUUCAAUUUUGAUAAGCCGUCGUUCUUCAACUGCGAGCGCGAGGAGGACGUGCCGCAAGGAGCGAUCACGGCGAUGACGAUGGAGGACGAGGAGGGCGAGAUCUCGACGGCGAACGUCUCCGCGCGCUUCGUGGAAGGGAAGCCCGUGGGGUUAUUGGUGCGCCACGAGAUGAAGAGCCCCGGCGAGUGGGACCGGUUCAUGCGGUUCAUGGAGCGCUACGCGGAGGCGAACGGCCUAGGGUUCGCUAAGGCCUAGUCAUGUCACGAGUCCUCCGGAGGGGAUGUCUCGCCCCCGGCCGGGCAGAUAAAGCAAGAGAC